AUGGCGUCUUUUGAUGUGUUUCGGUUCCUGGUGCUGCUGGCUGCGUUAGUGUGGAUCCUGGCUGAGGAGAGGAAUGAGACACGGAGACUUUAUCCAUGGACCAAUGGCAGUUGGUUCAACAUGGGUCUCCUAGAAUUCGAGAAAUGGUCGAACCAGCCAGACCUCUUUAAAGAAAAGUCCCGGUUUUGCGCACGGCUCCGUGGCCUCACGCCAGGCCAACGUCGAGUGUGUCGACGUCACAAAGACCAUAUGCCAGUUGUCAGUUCUGGAGUGAAGCAGGGAAUCUCUGAAUGCCAGUAUCAGUUCCAAGGUAGAAGGUGGAACUGCACUGUGACGGGGGACGAAACUGUAUUCGGACCUUUGACUUUGAUUGCAUCAAGAGAAACGGCAUUCACACACGCGAUUACAUCGGCCGGGGUGUCGCUCUCUGUGUCCCGGGCUUGCCGCGACGGGCGUCUGUCGAGCUGUAGUUGUAGCCGCGCCGCCAGACCACGGAACCUACACUCCGAUUGGGUGUGGGGAGGAUGUGGCGACAAUCUCGAAUAUGGCUACAAGUUUACAGAAGUAUUCGUGGAUAUCAGAGAGCGAGAGCGCAAAGUAAAGCGAGGCAGUCGGGAGCAAGGCAGGCAGCUUAUGAACAGGCACAACAAUGAGGCUGGAAGACGGGCGGUGAUAGCGAAGUCCCGUGUGACGUGCAAGUGUCACGGCGUGUCGGGCUCCUGCAGCCUUAUUACAUGCUGGCAACAACUGCCCACCUUUAGGGAGAUUGGUGACUUCUUAAAGGACAAAUACGAAGGGGCGACAGAAGUGAAAGUGUCUAGAAGAGGAAAACUGAGGCUCAGCAACCCGCACUACACCCUGCCCACUGCACAGGACCUGGUCUACCUCGAGGACUCACCCAACUACUGCGUCAAGAAUGAAACACUGGGAUCAUACGGCACGACAGGCCGGCAGUGUAACAGAACGUCAUCAGGCAUGGAUGGCUGUGCCCUCAUGUGCUGCGGUAGAGGCUACAACACACGGCGAGUCACCAUCAAAGAGCGAUGCGGAUGCAAAUUCCAUUGGUGCUGUCGCGUAGAAUGUAACACCUGUGUCAAAACCAUCGAGUUAUACACUUGUAAAUAG